AUGGCAGGCCGUGCCGUUGGGCUCACUCCAGGUACGUCGGCCAUCUGUGCAGCCGCCCAAUCCGACGUGGCUCCGCCUUGGCACAACGAGCUGACCGCUCUGCUACAGCGGUUCUGGGAGAUGGAGGAUCUUCCUCAGGCUCACCGCCGCUCAGAUGAGGACAUCGAGUGCGAGCGUGCGUUCGCAGACCACCGACGCGCCGCGGACGGACGGUACAUCGUGCGCCUUUCGCUGAAGGGCAGCGGUUCGCUUCUUUUUGGCGGCAGUCUUCAGAGCGCCAAGGCCUCCUUGGCAGCCUUGCAACGCCGGCUUCGGCGAAGCCCCGACAUGGCUGUGGAGUACAGUCGAUUCAUGGCUGACUAUCUCGCGAUGGGCCACAUGCGCCCGCUCACCAGCGCUGUGCUUGCAGCUACAGCUGGGUCCGUCAACUCCAUCCAUCAUCAUAGCAUCUGGCAGCAUGACGAUCGCGGGCGUAAGCUCCGAAUAGUCUUCAACGCGUCCAACCCGACUUCCAGUGGCCACAGCUUGAACGACGUCCUCCACGCUGGACCCAGACUCCAAGCCGCGCUCCCAUCGGUUCUCAUGCGCUGGCGGCGGCACCGCAUCGCCUUCUGCAGCGACAUCCGCAUGAUGUUCCGGCAGAUUUGGAUCGACUACCGUGACAUCGACCUGCAGCGGAUCGUCUGGGCUGCCGAUCCCAGCAAGCCUCUAACCCACUACCAGCUGCUCACUGUGACUUACGGCGAGUCGUGCUCGCCUUACCUGUCGCUGCGUACCCUCCAACGCCAGGACGAAGGCCACAACUGGCCCGAAGCUGUGUCAGCCGCCCUGUGUGACCGCUACGCCGACGACUUUCUCUCCGAGGCCGACGACGUCACCGCGGCUCAGCGCCUCCGCGACCAGCUGAGCGGGCUCUUGAAGGACGGCGGUUUUCCCCUGCGGAAGUGGGUAGCCAAUGUCCGCGAGCUGCUCGGCGAUCUGCCUGAGGACGUCCGCUUACGUCCGACCUGGGAGCAGCUCAGCCCUGAAGGCCUCGACAGCGAGCUCGGGGUGAAGUGGGAUCCACCGUCGGACUGCUUUCAGUUGACGCCUCCACCACUCCAGCCGCAGAGCACAAAGUGGACAAUGCUCGCGGCGCUCGCGGGUCUGUUUGACCCAUGCGGCUGGCUCGCGCCGAUCGUGUUAAAUGACAAGCUCUUGCUCCAGGAUCUCUGGCGCGCCAGACUGGGCUGGGACGAGCCUGCGCCGAUUUCAAUGACUCGCCGAUAG